UAUACAGAGAGCUGAAGGGUGACUAACAUGAGGAAAGAUCACAAUGACCAAAAACUGGGAGCAGCUCCAGACUGGUGAAGGCUGGCCAGUCGUCUAAACUAAGACAUGAGAGGAGAAGAGGGAGUGAUCAAGAAAGAGAAAGAGAGAGAGAGGGAGGGUCCGGGUGGAGGAUUCGGUAGCUGCGCAGCUCUCACAGCCUGUUUUUGGUUUUACAGGAGAGGACAGGAGAGGGAAAAGCCAGCAGAGCUUGAGAGAAAAACAGCCAGCGGAGGGCUAAUCGUGUACAGGUGUGCGGGCUGGACAUUCCUGCAGAACUUUCAUCCACAGAAAGUGCUGGAAAAGUCUCUGAGAGCCUCAUUAUUCACACAGUGAGUGAGGAAGUCUUAAUCCCUGACGGUGAGAAGGUGUUAAAUAAUGCUUCUUCUCUGAGGAGGACAUCUUCAUCAGGCUGCAGAGCUACAACACCUCAAACACCUGAAACUCUACAGUGUUUAUCUGUCAACACAGCGCCAGGGCUAAUGGAGCUCCGAGCUCUGCUCACCUGCCUGCUGCUCAGCCUUUACCUGCGGGCAGGAGGCGCUCAGGACACGGACGUGGUUUCAGUUCUGAACUGCUGUGAGGGAGAUGUCUUGUUCCUGCUGGAUUCUUCUGGCAGCGUGUCGUCUUUUGACUUCUCCCACAUGCUGAGCUUCCUGUCGGAUCUCACAGCGCCCUUCUCUCUGGGGCCGGAUCAGGUGAGGAUGGGGCUGCUGCAGGUCGGGACAGAGCCUCACCUGGAGUUUGGAUUUGGGGCCUACAGCUCCCAGCAGGGCCUUCAGGCAGCACUGCAGAGGACUAAACAGCUUGGGGGAGACACCAACACUGAGGAUGCUCUAGUGAUAGCCAAAGAACGGGUGUUGAGACAGGGCACACCUGGAGGAGCCAGGCAGGGACUGCCCAGAGUUCUGGUGUGGCUUACAGAUGGAAUAGAGCCUGGGGAUGUGGAGGGUCCAAUGGCUGAACUGCGGGAGGAUGGCGUGGCCGUGCUGGUGGUGUCCACCGGGCGAGGGAACUACCAGAUUCUGAGAGAAGUAGUGUCCCCACCUGCUGAGGAGCACCUGUACUUUGUAGACAUUGAAGAUAUGAACAUCAUCACAGAGGACGUGAGGAAUGCUAUUAUUGAAAUCAUCCGUGCCGAGAGACUGCAGGUCCGAGAUGUCACAACUACUACAGCAGAGCUGCACUGGAGGCCUGUGCUUGCAGGUACUGGUAACUACGACAUUCGCUUUGGACCAGUGCGCACAGAAAUUGGUGGUCCAGAUGGAGGCCCAGGUACGAAAUCAUCAACAGAGCCUGUCCUCUUUCAGAGAAUCAUCCGUCCUGGAAACUCCACAUCCACUAAACUCAACAACCUGCAUCCAGACACCACCUACAUCGUCAGGCUCUCCCCAGAGUCCAACCUGGAAUUUUUCAACAAGCUAAAUGCCACUUUCACCACAAGGCCAAAUGAGACAAUAGUGGAGCUGCAGAGUCCGGCUCAGUUAACCGUAUCAGAUUCAACGAUCAACAGUGUGAGGGUGAGCUGGGGUCCGCUGCUGCCCGAGUCUGUGGAGAACUACACGAUCGAGUACUCCAUCCUGCCUUCAGGAAAAGUGCAUGUGGUUACUGUGGGAAACAGGCAGAACUCCACGGUGCUGACUAACCUGCAGCCCGCCACGCAGUAUCUGGUCACUGUGAGUGCCCACUACUUCAUGGGCAAAGAGAGGGCGAUAUCUGCCAAAAUGUGCACCCAGGAUGUGUUGCCACCUCUAGCAGAUCUGGAGCUCAGAACAGUGGGCAGUGACUCAGUGAAGCUCCAGUGGAAAGGGAGUGCCGACGGCUUACGCGGUUACUGGGUUACGUGGGAGGGCGAGCCCACACACUCCUCCAGCCAGCGUUCCACCCUGUAUCUGCCUCCCCACCUUGUCUCCACUACACUUAACCACGUUCCCCACAACUCUCGGGUCUGCGUCUCUCCUGUUUACAGGUCGGCUCGGGGAGAAGGCCUGUGUUGCACAGCGAGCUUCAGCUCAGCUAAUGUGCCCUGGAUCCGCAGGUCGUAGCGUUGCCAAACAGAUGGAUGCGGGGAUGAAAACCUUACCACAAAUGGAAAAAGCACUGUAAACUGCUAGAGCACUCACAGAGAGGUGCUCUACAGAAACACACCAACACAAACUGCACUGAAAGCAUUUAUACUGAAGUUACUUUAAAACUACUUACAGCACACUAGGAACGCUCUUCAGACGCAACCGAGAGCGUGCAGCAGUCUAAAAACCAAACAGAGACUUUUGAGAGGAGUAACCUGUGAUUUACAGUAUAUAAAUCAGAAGAGGAUUGAGUUUGUGUAUGUAAAUAUUGUUUUAGUAAUGACAUUUAAAAAAACUGCACAUUAUAUUAUGUCUUAUUGCCCCGUACGUUUUACAUUUCUGAAAUGGGAACAAUGAAAUGUUUGGAGUAGUUAUCGUUUGAUGCACUCUUAUCUAACCACAGCUUGAGAACAAUCGGAUACGCUGAAUGUGUGGAAGUGCACAUUUCAAGUUAUUUAGCCUACCAUUAUUCUGUCUCUGAGAUUAUAAGGUUGAUCAAACCAAACCUGUAGGUUCCUCACGGUCGCUUACGUGAGGAGGUCACAGAGGUUUUGUGAUUGACAAGAGCCUUAAUCAGUUUCCAGAAAAUGAUUGAGGGCCUUUCCACUGCCCACACACAUGCACUUACGGACGGGCUUCCUCUGUAACCCUUACCUUUCAUGCCUUGAUUUUCUUUCCCUUGCUUGGUCUAUGCAUACAAGUCACCUGAAAUGUGCUUUAAGUGCUCUGCUGCCUUCUUGUGGAUCAUUGAAGAAUUGGUAGAUUCACCACUGACACUCUAAACGCUUUACAACCAAAAAUCAGAUAAAAUUGGGACAGUAUGGAAAAUGCAAAUAAAAAAAUGCAGUGUUCUUUGCAUUUACUUUUUACCUAAAAUAUUUUAUUUGUUAAUAUGUAUCCAUUAUUGUAUUUCAUGCCUGCCAAACAUUCCAAACAAGGCAAUAAUUUAGGAUAAAAAAUAUAUAUAUAUAAUAAUAAUGGUGCGAUAAUGAUGAUUUCAAAGCUCAACACCCCUGAUCACCAGUCCUGCACCAGAUGUCAAUGCACCAAAAAGAACAAAAAAACAUUCAACAUUAUCUCAUAAACCCACAUGUGCGGGGGAUUACUUUGGCUUAUCUUUAUCAAGCACACAUAAGAGACCACUUUAAAAUGAUAAGUUUCUUUGAUUUACCAAAUUGAAAACAUCUGGAAUAUAAUCAAGAGGAAGAUGGACGAUCACAAGCCAUCAAACCAAACUGAACUUCUUGAAUUAUUGCACCAGGAGGGGAAUGAAGCUAUCCAAAAGCAGUGUGUAAGACUGGUGGAGGAGAACAUGCCAAGACGCAUGAAAACUGUGAUUAAAAACCAGGAUUAUUCCACCAAAUAUUGAUUUCUGGGCUCUUAAAACUUUAUGAAUAUGAACUUGUUUUCUUUGCAUUAUUUGAAGUCUGAAAGCUCUGCAGCUUUUUUGUUAUUUCAGGCAUUUCUCAUUUUCUGCAAGUAAAUGCUUUAAAUGACCAUAUUUUUUUAUUUGGAAUUUGAGAGAAAUGUUGUCCGUAGUUUAUAGAAUAAAACAACAAUGUCCAUUUAACUCAAACAUAAACUUAUAAAUAGCAAAAUCAGAAAAACUGAUUCAGAAAUUGAAGUGGCUUAUUAAUUAUAACUAGAGCAGCCCUGUGUUAAACAUGUCCAGAGGCGGCUUAACCUUCUCUGGGCUCUAAGGGAUCUGGAGUAGGCCAUUACCAGUAUGUUGUGAUUAAAAACAAAAAAAAAAACAAGCUAAAGAAGAAAAAGGCCAUUCAGACUCUUAUCAGCAAAAAGUCCAAAAAUGCCAGAAUCUCUAAUGGUAUAGGGGUGAUAUGGGUGUGUUAGUACACUUCAGUGAUGCAGCAUUAAUGCAGAACAACAAUACACUGAGAUCUAAGAACAGCAAGCACAUGCUGCCUUUAAGACAACAUAUUUUCCCAGCAUUUUAAGAAAAAAAGAAAGAAAAAAAAAACACUUAAUGACUUGGUAUUGUCAUUUUCCAUACUUUUUCCAUAUUUUUUCUGAUUUUUUGUUGUAAAUGAUGAGCCAAAAGGGCAUGGUGUAUAAGCUCUAAACUAAAGAGAUGUGCCGUGAUAUCAGACUCAAAUAUCGAGAUCAGCCAGCUUUAAAUUAUAUUUGGUGCCACAUGUAUUGUAUUUCUUAUAGUAUGGUGCUAAAAUGUUAGCAUUUUCUUCAUAUAACUGCAUUUGUAACCGCAUGUCAUAUUUCCUGUUUUAAGCAACAUGGAUUUUGUCCCAGUUUUUACAUGUGGACAAAACUUAUGGGAUAUCUGUUCAUUCAUUGUUUCUUCUAAAAUCAAAAGAUAUUAAAAAGAGUUUAUUCAA